AUGGCCGUCCCUUCAGAAGUCUUGCGAUGCUCCUCCCCGAUUUUCUCCAUACGUGAGGACGUGGGUUCGAGCAUAGGGAAGUUCCCUCCACGCACGUCCUCGUUACGGUCCUUUACCAUCUUCCCCGACUCCAAUUCCGACUCCAGUUCCAACACCAUCCUGGAAGAAUUUGAGCAGGACAAGCAGCAAAUCCAGCCAUAUGAACCAUCUGAACAAGCUAUUCUGCCACUGCAGUACGACGAAUUCUCAUAUGUUACAUGGGAUCCACCACAGCUGUAUGUUCCUCCGCCACGAUUCCCUUCAACGCAAGCAGCCCCAGCUCCGACACAACAUCUCUCUUCUUCAAUCUCUUCUGCACGCUCUUCUGGCCGGUGUGUCGACAGCGAUGAUGGUGAGCAUAUUGAGAAUGCUGACGAUGACGAGGUCGAAUCCUUCCCAGAAUACAUCGAUCCAGCCAACAACCUCAUCAUUGCACGCACUCUGCUGCUGGACAAGUUGCAUUUCCGCGCGACUUCUCCGGAGCAUGCGUCAAGACCACUCCAGGGUCGACCGUUCGAAGCGGUGUUUUCGCGCAUUGUGCCGGGCACGGGAUAUUUACGCGAACAACAGGAUCUGACACGCGAACGGAGUUCGGUUGCCGACAUCUUGCAAGCUGGAGAAGCCCUACGCGCACAACGUGCCGGUGGGAAUAAAGCGAAGGCGCCGGUCAGUCUGCGUGGUUCGGGUCGAGGUGCGAGUAGCGCUCGGGAUCCGGAGCCGAAAGAUGUGUUGAGGCAUAAGCUGAAGAGGAGUGUCAGACAGGGGAUGGAGAUGGCCUUGCGGUGGGAACAGGAAUUCGCUUGGAGCUUCCUUGAUCAUCAGAGCGAGAGCAGCAAUGCUUACCUGUACGGUGCUGUGAGUGGAGGUGGAAGUGGAAGUCGAGAGAGAAGAACAGGUAGGUCGAGGGCGAGACGUGCUGCCAGACGGCCACCUGGAGUCACCAGAGAAGAGGUCCGAGUGGCGCUGGAAAUGUUGAGGCAGAGUCUUCCGGGUCUUUAUUACAAGGACGACGACGCUGAUGGGGCGAAGUCAGCUGCGACGGCGAAGGCGAACUUGAAGAACAGCGACAAGAGUGAGAAACUCGGUGGUGGUAAGUCGAGACACGACCCUAAAAUGGCAGGACCACGACGGGCAGGCGGCCACCGAUUCCAAUCCCAACCACGGAAGUCGAGUUUUGUCGAAAAGCGGAAUGCGCCAAACAACGCGCGGUUUUCGUCGGCGUUUGAACCGGUGGGUAUUGUGUUUGCUGGACGACGCGAAGAGCCAAAGAAUGACAGCUCUCCAGGACGACGCCCACAGCGAGGAUCGAAAAUGAGACAGAUUAAAGCGAUCGCGAAGAGAGCUUCAGUGACGUUGAAGAGAGUGGCUGCCGGAUUCGGACUGCGACAACCGUCGACGGCCCCAACAGGCAAGAAGCGCUCGGUAAGUCAAGUUCCUGCUGACACCUCCGAAGGAAUUGCAUUUGCAGGCAAUAGCUGGCUCCAUCAGGGAAGAGAGGGAGAGAUCAUUCCGGCACAGAUCAUUGAACCGACUCCACGAACCCGCGGACGGUCGAAUACAUUGGCACAGGAAUCGGUCAAGAGACAAGGCCUCGUCAUCAACGACACCGUCAGCGUCGACAACAACGUCCCACGUAAGCAAGCCGGCGCCGGCGCCGGCGAGAAGGAAUAUGUGAGUACAAGUGCACCAUCCUCGUCCUCAGGUCAAUCAUCCUCAGCGGCAGGAUCUGUCACAGCUUCAGCGUCAGCCUCAGACUUGGGCUCGGGCUCGUCACGACGAUCAUCACCAUCCCCUACCCCAACCUCAGACAGCACAUCGGAUGCUACUCCCGUCUCACGGUCGUCGUCGUCGUCGCCGUCGUCGUUCGCAUCGUUCGAGACCGCCAGCGUCAAGCGCGUCAGUCUUACGAGACCCAGUGCGCCGGCGAGAGUCAUGGGCACCACGAAGAAGCCGGUCAAGUUGCAGAAACCACGCAAGGCUGACCAUGCUGAGAAGGCGCCCGGUCUUGUCAGUGAAAAGGUACAACGGGUGCCUGAGAGUGAGAGUCGGCGUGCUGACACCAAGACCAAAUCCAGGUCCAAGUCCAAGUCCACUCGAAAGAUCCGUGGCAACAUCUCACGACUACUCUCGUCGAAGUUCGGGCCAUGA